CAUCCCAAGGAGGGGCGUCCAGCGGUGCACCUCGGCGGGAGGCGGACGGACGACUUCCGGCAAUAAUUGGAGGCUGCAGCUCGGUGAGGUUGGUGGCUGCCUCGUCGGAAAGGGACCAGCAGGAAAACUAUGCCAUUUCUGGGUCAGGACUGGAGAUCCCCUGGAUGGAGCUGGAUUAAAACCGAGGAUGGGUGGAAAAGAUGUGACUCCUGUAGCCAAGAGCUCCGGAGCGAGAAUAACCAGUACUCCCUCAACCACAGCAUUAUCUUAAAUAAUGGCGAAGAAGAAAUAUUCAACAAUGAGUGUGAAUAUGCAGCCAAGAAGAGGAAGAAGGAGCAUUUUGGAAAUGACACAGCCACUCACAGUUUUUAUCGUGAGAAGUGGAUCUAUGUUCAUAAAGAAAGCACAAAAGAAAGGCAUGGCUACUGUACCCUGGGAGAAGCCUUCAACCGGCUAGACUUCUCAAGUGCAAUCCAGGAUAUUAGGAGGUUCACCUACGUGGUCAAACUGCUGCAGCUGAUUGCGAAGUCCCAGUUAACCUCCCUGAGCGGAGUGGCGCAGAAGAACUACUUCAACAUUUUGGAUAAAAUUGUCCAAAAGGUUCUUGAUGACCAUCAGAACCCUCGCCUCAUCAAAGACCUUCUCCAGGACUUGAGUUCUACCCUCUGCAUCCUCGUCCGAGGGGUGGGGAAGUCAGUGUUAGUGGGAAACAUCAACAUUUGGAUAUGCCGCUUGGAAACGGUUCUCAACUGGCAACAGCAGCUGCAGAAUCUUCAGAUGACUAAGCAGGUGAACUCUGGCCUCACACUCAGUGACCUGCCCUUGCACAUGUUGAACAACAUCCUGUACCGUUUCUCAGAUGGCUGGGACAUUGUCACCCUGGGCCAGGUGACACCAACCCUGUACAUGCUCAGUGAAGAUAGGCGGCUGUGGAAGAAACUGUGUCAGUACCACUUUGCAGAGAAGCAGUUUUGUAGACACUUGAUCCUUUCAGAGAAAGGUCACAUCGAGUGGAAGUUGAUGUACUUCACCCUGCAGAAGUACUACCCCACUAAAGAGCAGUAUGGAGACACUCUCCAUUUCUGUCGCCACUGCAGCAUUCUCUUCUGGAAGGACUACCACCUUGCUUGGUUGUUGAAGGACUCGGGACACCCCUGCACCGCGGCUGACCCCGACAGCUGCUUUACGCCCGUGUCCCCUCAGCACUUCAUUGACCUCUUCAAGUUUUAAUGGUGCCCUCAGCCCUGGACCCUUGUCCACAGUUGUCCCUUGUGCUUUCUGUGUGUCUUGUUGGUGUAGGUGUUCUGUGACACGGGCGAUGACAGGGUCUGUGGCUGGCCGUGCCAGUGCGAGGACCCGGAAGACGCUCUGGCGGUCCUGCAGCACUGGCGAGAGCGGAGACCACAAAGCCAUUUGUACUUCUUUCUUCCAAGCAAAUGCAGUUUGCAGUUUUGUAUAUUUUUAAAUAUGGAUCAGAACUGACACGAACAACGGGGUCAUGUUUCUUAGUUGUCUGCUGAGUUUUCCAUCGUCUCGUAAUUGGGAUGAAGGGCAAAACAGUUGAACCUUGUAAAUACGUUAUGCAGAAUAUUUAUUUUUCUUAAAAUGUAUUUUCACAACCUCUGUGGCUGUGCCCAAAUGAUUCCUCAUUGAACGCAAGAUAAGCCGAGGAACUUGCUUGGCAUGCUGUCUCACUACAGUGGGUAGGGCUGGGAACCCUAUGCUGUCCAUGGCUAGCACCGGUCUUUGUGUUCCUGGGAACCCCUGCCUUGUGGCCAUCAUACAUCCAUACAUGGGAUGUGGGCUCCAAAUCAGAACAGGGCCUCUGCCAAGGAGCUGGAAACAGCCUAGGGAGGCCUGAACUUGACAUGUAGAUAUUACUUUCACGAGUAAAGUAAUAAACCAUGUUUAUCUACUGAUUCAGCUUCAUCAAAUUUA